UAUAAUGAGGUGAAGUGAUGCUGAAGAUUAGUGGGGUGUGGCUAUAAAGAGGCUUGCCGAAAAUUCACAUCUCCUUCCAUUCUUCCUCAAUUCCUUCUUCCCCUCUCACAAAAGAAAUUAAAUGGGCAACUGCCAAGCCAUUGAUAGUGCAACUCUUGUGAUACAACAUCCAAAUGGAAGAGUAGACAAGCUGUAUUGGCCUGUUUCUGCAAGUGAAAUCAUGAAGAUGAAUCCCGGCCAUUACGUCGCCCUCCUCCUCACCACCACCUUGUAUUCCUCCACCGCCGCCGCCGCCGCCAAGAACAGCGCUAGUGUAGAUAACAGCAACACCCCUCUUCGAAUAACGAGGAUUAAACUUCUUAGGCCAACUGACACUCUCGCUCUUGGCCAUGUAUAUAGGCUUGUCGCAUCUAAAGAAGUGAUGAAAGGGUUGUGGGCUAAGAAACAGGCUAAGAUGAAGCAGCAACAAUUAGAGGGUGCUGACAAAAUCAUGCCAGAGAAAAUAAGUCCAGAAUUCGAAGCAGAAAUUAGGAAAACUGAAAUGGAGAAGACUGAAAAGGUGAAGCAUGAAAGGCAGAGAUUGAGAAAUAAUAAUACAGCAGUAAAUUCCGGCGUAUCAAAGUCCAGGGGCUGGCAACCAUCAUUAAAAGCAAUUUCUGAAGCUGGAAGCUGAUUUUUUUUUUUUCGGCCUGUUGUUGGAUUGAGGAUUUAAAACUAGCUAGUUCAAAACCAGGCAAAUUCAAGAGGUUAAUUUUGAAGGGUUGAUUGAAUGAAUAACAGAUCCUGUUUUGAAUAGAUAUUCUAAUCAUCUGCUUCUUCUCAUGUAUAUCCAACUCUCUCUCUCUCUCGUACGUUUCCAUUUUCUCUGUUUUAUUUUAAAUUUGAAGGAUUAGAUUUCCGGUAGAAAUAAAUUAAUUUUAGCAAUUUUAUAAGUAAAUGAUGGAUGCCACAUUUUGUAAUUUAUGAAAAAUAACUAUUCGUAUAAAUAAUACAAGGCAUUUUUGUCCUUUCUAA